AAUUUUCAGCUUUUGAGCAGUAUUGCGUCAGAUCUGGUUAAGGACUUGCGUAUCUUUGGACAAAUGGCAGCGAACACAUGGGCAGACGGUAAGCCCAUUCGAUCUUCAUUAUCUUUGGACUCUAUUGGGAGCGACCUUUCACCCUCAGAGUUGCAAAUGCGUCUUCUCAUGUUUGCUACCAACAUUUCGCACACCAAUGAAUCUGCUUCUGCUUGGCUAGAGAUGGCUCACUGGUGUUAUGAGAGGGGCCAGAGUGAAGUAAAAAGCACCAAAACUGAAGCCAAGAGGGUGUUAGAAGCCUCAUCAUCUGAGUAUAUCUCAACCUCUAUAUUAAAUUCUCUUACCAUGGAAGAACGUGGAUCUUUGAUUGACUUAAUUCCUCCUGAAGUGUUCAAGGAAGUCCCUUUGAUAGAUAAACGGAUUGUUGCCAAAAUAUACGUUUUCCUUGACAAGAUUAGUGAUGAGUCUAGAUCUUGUCGAUAUUGUGUUGAAGAUAUUCAGAAUCCUGAUGCUACUUCUAGUGGUUUGCUAAUGGACAUAUUCAUGGAGUAUCUGGCGGAGGAGACUUCUCUGAUUGACGAUUCAAUGACCUUCAACAGCCGUCUUCUCUCUGAGUGCUCUUCUCUUGCGGCUGCUCUUACCUCUCGACUCCACACUCUGCAGUCAAUUUCUGCUCAAGCUUACUUUACUUUUCUGGCUGUCGCUGGCCGAAAAUUUGUUGCUGGUGGGUCAUCACAGGAGAAGAUUCGACCGCUCGAUUCAACUCGAGCUGCUUUACGUUUGCUGAGCCUUCUCAAUGAACCAAGUCGUGCACUUCGUAACACUGUGGCAGAUUUGAUAACCCAUGGCAUUACAAAGAACUCCAAUUCUUUUAUCUCCGAUUCAGUCGAUUCACACACAAGCUCUAUUGUGUGGGCAGAGUGUUUACCACAGAUUUUAGAUCGUCUGGGGCAUCCCGAUCCUGUCGUUCGAGAGUGUCUCCUUGUUCUUCUCAAUCGACUUAUCCAUGCAGCAACUAAGGAAGCAAAAGCUACCUCCAAUAGUGACCGUGUUCUGGCAAAGAAGCUGGUCUAUCCUGCUCUUGUUGGCUGUAGGGGUGUUGAUUAUGUGAAAGUUGAAGCCAAGGUGGAAAGUCACUUAAAAUUAGUUGAAGCACUUGUCGACGCUGGUUAUUCAACUAUGGUCAAUGAGGUUUCUUCUUUGAUUGAUGAGAUGAGGAGAAUUACUGUUUUGUGGGAUGAACUCUGGUUUGGAAUUCUCACUCAACACUUGGACGAUUUCGAUAAAAGGUUGAUUGCUCUUGAGCAAAAGACGGAGGGUGAAAAGGAGAAUUUGGCAAACUCUGUGGAUGACAUUCUAAAAUUGCGCUGUGAGGCUCUAUUAGCGCCGACAUUUUCUAUUUUUGAGCAACUUUGCGCUCUUACUUUGGAUACUUCUGCAGAAACGCCUUAUGAGUUGUGGUUCCAAAAUACCUAUAGAGAGCACAUCGAUAAAACACUUCAAAUUUUACGGAAUUUCUGCACUGAGCAGCCACCUGAUGACUACAGAAAGCUCCUAGAACCUAUUAAAGACUUGUACAAGCGGUUCCAGAUGCUCAAUCAACUUCCUGUGAAGAAGGCGGAAGGAGGGGAUCAAAAAAUGUCAGUGAGAGAUAAUCAGGAAAACGAAAAUGAGGAAGUGGAGGAAGGAAAGCUGGAAGGUCUUGAGGGAAAAGAGGAGGAAGAAGAAAAAGAAAAAGAGCGCAAGGUGGUUCGUAUGAAUAUUUCUAAUCGAUUGCUCAACUUGGCUGAAAUUUCACCCACCCUCCUUACUAUGAAUUGUAAUUCAUCAAUUCCUCUUCCUGGUCGAGCUCGAACAAAUCUCGUUCACAUUGCGCCUGAAAUUCGUGUCUAUCCGACCAAGACUCGUCCAAAGUAUCUGACAUUUUUCAAUGAUAGGGGCCAAGCUAUGCCCUAUUUACUCAAGUGUCUUGAGGAUCUACGCCUUGAUGAACGUAUAAUGGGUCUACUGCGAUUAACAAAUACAGCUUUUAGUUUAGAUGGACAGCCUAAUGCCUACACUACACCAACUUAUUCAAUUACCCCCAUCGGACCUAAAGCAGGUCUCAUUCAAAUGGUUCAGGCUGCGGUGCCACUCUUUAAACUUUAUAAGAAAUGGCAAGAGAGGAUUGCGCUUGAUAUGGCGAUUGAUAACGUAGGAGGCAGGCCGUUGGAAUUUAUCGCUAAAGCUAAACCCUCAGACCUUUUUUAUAGAAAGUUACGAGAUCAUCUACCAGCGCAUCUGGCUAAUCUCAACUCACGGCACUUAUGGCCAAAAGAGAUUCUUGUCAAGAUACUAAAUGAACUGGAGAUGCAGAUUCCAGAUGACUUAAUGACCCGUGAACUCUGGGCGGCCAGUUCUAGUAUGUCGGCAUGGUGGAGGAUUCAUCGCACUUAUGCCACAUCUCUUGGUGUUACUUCAGCUUUCGGCUACCUUAUUGGUCUUGGGGAUCGACACUUAGAUAACCUCCUAGUUGAUCUCUCUACCGGCAGGAUAGUCCACAUUGAUUUCAAUGUUUGCUUUGAUGAAGGUCGUUCAUUAAAAGUGCCCGAAUUGGUGCCCUUCCGUUUCACGCGGAUCCUUCGACAUGCUCUCGGCCCCUUUAGCAUGUAUAAUUCUGGCAAAGUUGGAGGAACAUUUGGCUCUAGCUUUGUGGAGACUCUUCGUACGUGUCGUUCAAUUCAGGAGCUCUUCCAUAUGCAUUUGCAGAGCUUUGGGAUUGAUCCGCUGAAUAAUUGGAUGAGUGCUAGCCAGAGUGGAGUGUCGUGGAGUGCAUUUGAUUUGGCUUAUUUUGCUGCAUUCAGAGGUGGUUGCUUACCUCCUUUAGCCUCCGAAUCUCAAAAUCAAAUGACUAAGAAGAGACGAGUGCAGACAAGAUUGAAUGUGGAAGUGGAACGAACCAUCGGAUUAAUGAUUGCUCGAAUGGUUGAGCUCGGAAUCAAGGAACCUUCGUGGCAAACUGAGGUGAACUCAUUGUUAAAUAUGCUAGUUGAUAACCUCAAGGUACUAAGUGACUUUCAAGAAAAGCAGACAGAAAUCGACCGUAUCACACGCCAGCUCGCAAUUCUUAGCUCAAAUUCCGAAGGGUAUGAACAGUUGGUUGCUUUCGAGCACCAUUGUCAUGGGGUGGAAAGCGCAAAGGAAGAGAUUAAGUCUGCCCUUGAACGUGUUGAAAGCUUUGCCACUUGUCUGGAAGCUAAUAUUGUGCGGGAUUUAGACAUUCUGAAUGACUGGUUAAGUCAACCUUCUUCAAGUUCAAGUGGUGAUCUCUCUCAUCUUCUUGAUGAAUAUCGUAACUUCGCUCAGAUCUGUAUGCUAUCAUCCGACUCCAAGUUUCAUUUCAAUAGGGAUAACACGAUAAGGUUCUCCAAUAAGCGGGAGGUCGCCUCUGCAUUAAGACAAGCCAUUCUUUCCCCUAACAUUCUGACCGCAUUCAAACAACUUUAUCGCCAAACCGUAACUCCUCAGGUCGAUAAUUUUUUCAGCACCUCACUUCAUAAUGCCCUAACAGUUACCGAAUCGAAUUUGCGCACUCUCAAAGAGCAGCACUUUAUACCUUCUACAUUUGAUCGUAACGGUCUCCGCUCUCUCUUCGAUCAAUCUCAUGAAAAUUUGGUGAGAUUUAUUCAUCAGAAUAGCUGUCGUAACAUCCAAGUUGCUUAUAGUCUAUCUCUGGUGAGAAAUCUCAUUACUUGGAUCACUUCUAUGUUUGUAAUGGAACCAUUGGUGCAUAUUGAUGUGCUCUAUCAACAUACCGGUGCUAUCGAGUGUGCAAUCUCGGUACUAGACCCAACGGGUAGUGGUAAUGGUUUACCAUUUUGGGCUGGAAAUGAGAUUGAUACAAAUUCGGAACUUCAGUUCUUCUCCACCGUACAUGCUCUUAUCGGCAAGGUCGUUGAUCUGCGCGAUAGUCUUUGCUUCGGUUUCUUGCCUUCUAUGGAAUCUGCAUUAAGAACUGCUUCAAGAAGUGAUUUGCUACUCCUAGAUCGAAUCCGAGAAGUGAUUAAUUCAACUGACAGCGCGCUCCAACUACAACAAGCGAUGAAUGUCGUUGUGAUGGGUGAUUCAAAAAGUCCUCUAGCAGAGGUGUUCAAGCAGAUUCAUGUCACCCUCUUAACUGUCGCAAUAGAGAUGGAGAACACUUGUCAAAGUCUUGCAAAUUAUCCCAUCAAUGCGACAUCUUGGAGCCGAGUCGAUUGGAUUACACAGGCCAUUGCACCUCUUCAAAGUCGAUGCACUGCAGAUGUUGGGGCAACAAGUCUAUGGGGCUGGCGUCCAAGUAAUGGGCCCUGUGAACUCACUACAUGGCUCGAUGAAGUCUACCGAGCCGGUAUUCUGACAAUAUUUAAAGUCACUAAUGAAAUAAGUAGCAUAUGGACUGAUGUUCGUGAAGGCAGACAACGCUCAACUAUAUCUUGUGUUCCUUAUGUAACAGUGUUGGAAAGGGAUUUUAUCAACCGCUUGUCUGAUCGUUUGGUUUUAGUCAGUGAAGCUUUACUAGCUUCCAGUCGAGUGCUUCUUGCAUUAUUUGAGUCGCUGGGGAUCUCUGUUCAACAGGAACUACUUCAACAAACAAAUCUUAUGCCUGUGAUGGGAGUUGCGCCGUCUGUUUCUGUCCUGAGAUUACAUCAAAUGGCCGAAACUUAUGCUGGAAUCAACCCCGAUGUCUUGAUACUUGCCUCGGCAAUUGACAACCAACUAGUUAAUGUCUUCAAUGCUACCAACUCACAUGUCUAUACCCUCUUGGUCUCUCGUGAAAUUGAGGCAAAUGAAGUGCAAUUAAGUUUGUUACAAAGUGCCUGUCAGGCGUUUGAUUGGAUGCAUGAUUAUGCAGAUCAUUCAGAUUCAUCUUUGAGAAGUUAUCUAAAAAGGUUGAAAACUUGUGUUGAGAAUAAAAUGAAGACUGGUGAGAAUGCUGAUCCAGAAAUUAAAAGUCUUUGUGAAAUCGGUCUCGCCAUCUGUGCAGCGGAACAUAGUCGCUUGGGUGAUGAUGAUGAUUUGGAUAACGCUGUCCUCCUCCUAAAUGACUAUACGUCAUUUUGUAGGAAGCUCGGCCAGUGUGAGAAGGAGUUCACAGAACUUGAUACAGUUUUAUAUGAUCUGAAGAACCAGUUUAAUCUCUCCUGGCCAGCAACUGAUUGGCCGAAUAUGGAGUGGGUCAUUGAGAAGCUUUCCAGUCGUAUUACAGAGAUUAAACAGGAAUUGCAGAUCUAUGAAAAUGGAAUAGAUUCAGCAAUUUCGACACUGGUGGAAGAGAAUCUUGUUGGAGCCAAUAAAGAUGACUACGGUUCCCUUAUUAGAGCCCUUCUUGCAUUUGAAAAACAGUUUUUAACCGAGUUAAGUCCCUAUGUGAAGCAACUAGAACGUUUCAGUCAAAUCUCCAGUGAUCAAGAAUGUGGUUCCAUUUGGAAACAAUGGUUGGAGAAUUGUGAGAUCUGGAAGACCACUUCAAGCCAAGUUGUGAAGGAUCUAACUGAACUAACUUCUGGAUAUUUCCUAGAGAACAAAAAUAAGAUAAUGAUCACCGGUUUCCUAUCUGUUCUUAGAAACUGUCUGCAACUCCGAGAUCACUUGGGACCAAGCUUCAAGAUGCUUCUGGAAAAGGGUAUCCUGAAGGUUCUGAAAAGAUCGAAAUCCACCGCCAUCAUCUCAAUCAUUGAGAAGUUGGCACUCGUUAAUAAUGUCAAGGUAGAAGAUUACUUCGAAGUGGCUGACUCCAGGCCGCUUCCGCGAGAAGUUGUCUCACCACAGGCUUUGUUAGCAAUGCGACGUCUAUUCGGUCGCUUGCAAGGUGUGGACGAAUACCUGCUGCCUCAAAACGAUGAAGCUUCAUCAUCAACAGUGCUCAGCUUCAUCGACCAAGCCCAUCUCUGCAUUCGAGCUGCAAUGGAUCCUAACAACCUAGCCCUCAUGUUUGAGGGAUGGACGCCAUGGGUGUGA